AUGCGGUUAAAUCUUCUUAAGCUCGUUCUAUUAUUUGCUUUGUGCUAUUUGGCACAGUCAGCCAUCCCAGCACUAAAGAUCAGCGAUGCUGACAUAAAGGACAUUGCGCAGAAGAUGAGGGACAGCGACACCGAGAAGCCCAAUUUCUGUGAAUUUUACAUUGACUAUCAAGGACAUUACGAUGGUGGAGAGUCUGACUACGCCAGUCAAUCGUAAGUAUGAGGAUUGAAAGGGUACUGAAACUAAUACUGAUGUUAUAUUCGUAUUUACAUUGAACAAAGCCAUCUUUCUUUUAAUCAUUUUAUUUUCAGGUUGACUAAAUGGAUUCGUCCUCAAGUACUGCAACAACCUAGCUACAAAGCACUCUUGGAUUUGGUACCAUACUUCAAUCCUCAAACUGGUGUGGCUGAAGAUGCCAGUCCAGCUAAAGUGACCAAGCAGAGAGCUUUUAUCAUGGCGGUGUUUAACAGUGGUCCUUUCAAGCAGUUGAUCGAUGUUCUGAGAAAGAGUAACCAUCCCUUCGCAAAGUCUCCAGAUACUUUGAAGCAGGCCAUGUACGAUAUGUGGUUUGGUACCUUUUCUCGUGCCAGAGGAAAACAAGAUUCAUCUGCUUUCGAACAUGUGUUUCUGGGGGAGGUAAGUUUUUUUUGAAUACGGUUUUUGGGGUUAAUUUAAUACAAGUUGGUGUUAAGAAGUUUGAACUUAUAGUUUUUUUAUAUACGGUUGUACAAAAUGGCAGAAUUAUUGUUUUAGGCCAAAAACGGUGAAGUAUCAGGCAUGCACAACUGGGUAGUGAUCAAUCAGUUGGAGAACGACGAGAAAAACAAACUCAACUACAGAGGAUUCAUCAUCAAACGAGCUGUAGGUUCUUCUACUAUAAUAUAUGACUGUUAUUUUGCCAUGCUUUUUUUUGUUUUAAUGGAAAAUUAUAUUUUAGGACAUUAUCGCAUCAGCCAACUUCAAAUGGGGCAAUUUGGUGAAACCGACCGGUAGUUUCCUCAUGGGCACUUCUCCAGCCUUCGACUUUUCACUUUUGUCAAUGUGUUUCUUGGCCAGAAGAGGAAAGGGUACAAAGUGUGAGGUAGGGAAACGUACAAUGAAAAGAGGCAAUUUGAAAAUAAUUUUAAUAUUACUUUUUUUAAAAUUAUUUAAAUUUUGAAAAAGGCAACUUUCAAAAUGGACAUUUUAUGCGGGAUUGCAACAUCAUGCCAAAAUACUAAACUAUACUUUACAAAAAUAACUUCCUAACUAUUAUAAUAGUUAUGAUGUCGGUAUAGACCUAAAUAUUUAAAAAACGAAUUCAGACCGUGAUCGACGGCUGCCCGGUAAAUGUGCAAAGUUAUGAUUUGAGUCAAAACGGCAAAGAUUUUAUCGGUACUGUUUAUCCAGAACCAGGACCAUCAGCACCAACCUGUAUGUCGAAUUUCAAAGCGAGAGCCGGCGCUUCGAAACAGGGCUGAAUCUUCCCCCAGGGCAACAGAAUCCUUGGCAACAGUUAUAUUACACUACAUCACAUCUAUAUACAUUCCACUCAGUUUUUUGUUCAUUUGAGAAUUUGCAUAAACUCACAGUUAAUACUACUGGUUACCUUAGAUAAACCUAUAGGUAAAUAUUACUGACUUAUGGUUAUUUUCUAAAACAAUGUUGUUUCACUAUAACAUUUACACGUGGUUAUAGUAGUGCUUAAUAUAAUGUGCACAUACGAACAUCUUGAAACUGUUAGCUCGCAAUUAGGGUUAACGUGUUUAAUGUAGCUGCUUAUGGCCAUAAAGCAGUUCGGAAUGAAUCAAAAGACCUAGUACAUUAUCAUUUUAAUUUGAUGGGAAAGCACGAUACUUUUGUCUUUUCCUACCUAAUACGAUUAUGCAAUUCAGUUGUUUUGGCCAAGUUUACAGUGGUAGUAAUAGUUAUUGUUACCUUGAGUUUGUUUUACAGUCAUGAUCGUCGUAUCUUCAAGAACUCAAUUAGCAGAAGAUACGAUAGUAAAAGAGAUUACUUUGUCGAUGACUUUCCUUGUUACCAGCUGGUUGGUGACAGUGUUAACAAAACUUUUCUACAGUAUGCUAAGAGCUGGAAGCCAAAUAAAAAUAAGUUUAUUGACUCUGUAUACCCAACCAAUGAUAGUAUUGACUGUAGCCAAUUGAAGGAUAUGUAUGACUUUAAUGAUGCUCCAUUGUCUUCAGAGGAAGCCGAAUAUCCAUUGGCCUACGGGUUUCACAUAUACAAGGACAUAUCACAAGUAUUGGCAGUCCUUAGCACUUUCUAUCAUCCUCAGAAUGCUUACUGUAUCGGCGUGGACUCGAGGAGUACUGCACUCUUUCAGAACAGAGUAAAGCUAUUGGAGAAGUGUUUGGGCAAUGUUACUGUCAAAGUAAGUAAGUUCUGAUAACAGUAUGUUAAAAAAAAAGUUUGGAUGGUAAUAAUUUAACAUUAAUAUGUAAUAUUAACAUACAGUAUGACUUUGUAAGCUGUUUGUAUUUCAGAUAUUUGAAAACGUGCGUUGGUGCUCAAAGGGCACUUUGAAUGCUUUAUAUGGAUGUUUCUCGUACUUGACAUCUCUUGAUCAUCCUUGGAGGUACUACCAGUACAUAUCUAACAACGACCUUCCUCUCAAGACUAACUUUGAAAUGGUACAGAUAUUCAAGAACUUGAAGGGAGCUGUCAUUACUGAGCUUGUCAGACCACAAAAAGCAGAAACUGUAAGGUUACUCUUUUUUUAAUAUACUUUCUAGUUUUAGUGAGUAAAGCUGUUGUUGUUUUGACUACUAUAAUGUUAUGUUAACGUGAGUUUAAAAAGGAUGAUAAUUAUUUUUUAGAAGUUUACAGUAAUCCCGGUGUACAAAGCCUCAAUGUCCGCUAUAGUAAGUAGAGAAGCGGCUAACUAUGUUGUUGUGAAUUGUACUAUAACGCAGUUUAUAUUACAUCUACUACGGAAGAAACCGUUAUACGCAUGCCCAGAUGAAUUACUGUGGGCAACAUUGUUUGGUAACAAGGAUGGUAUGUGGUAAAGGCUAUCUUAUCUUAGGAUAGAUCACUUCUUUUUACAAUGGUUGUAAGAUCUGUUCUUUGUUACUUUGUUUAACGCUUAUUUAUAUUACAGUAUUCUCAGCCCCUGGAUCUUUUGACUAUACGUCUAUGAGGUAUGUAUAUGUUAAACAAAUAAAGGAAAAUAGGAACAAAAGAUUGAUAGUAAACGCUACAUCUUCUAAAGCCGAACCGUUUAUGUUAUCUUACUAUUAUAUUCCAAGAUACCAAGUGUGGAGUGGGUCGCCUAGGAAGUGCAACGGUAUGUCGUUUAUAUAUAGGGAAUAUAUGGCUAUUUUGGUCGAUAAAUACUUCAAAACGCAACGAGUUUUAUAUUGACUAUAUUUUUUGUGUGUGUUACAGUAUAUUUUUCAUAAUCUAUAUAGCAACAGUAUAUUACAGUAACAUAAUACAGGUAAAUUUGUACACGCUUCGUGUGUAUUUGGAGUCAGAGACUUACCCAUGUUGAUCAAAAGACCUGAACUCGUGGCGCACAAAUUGUACUCUGACUUCCAGCCGGCUGCCUUUUACUGUUUGAGGAAGAUGGUAAAGGAGCGUGCUUUACAGUAUGAACAGAUGUUGUUCAAGGGUACUGUAUAUUCAGAACUGGCACAUGUCCAAGUACUUAUGGGCCAAAACCCUGAAAAUGUCAAGUUUUUUUACUGCUUCUCUUACUAG